GGACUGUCGAUUAUCUAGUGUGUAUCUAAACAUAUGACACUUUGGGGGUACCUAAGUAGCUACCUGUGCAUAGUUACAUGUAUUAAAGUCGCGCAGCCGUAGCGAAAGCAUGAAGAUAUAGUGCAAUACGUUCUUAAUCAGCAAAUUCCCGAAUAUUCAAGAAACUGGAGCCUGAAAAGGGGUUUAUGUUUGCUUAAAGUUUGCUAGUCUCUUCAAGUACUACUAUUUCAUCCGAACUUCCAGAGAAUUGGAAUCAUCCCAAAUUUAACCAUAUCAAUUCAUAUAUAAGAAAAACUAGAAUCGUGAGGAGGAUAUGAAAAGGAGGAAAGUGACGAUGAGGAAUAUGUUUAUAUGCGGGUUAGAUGGAAAGUCGCCGGAAACUUUUCCUAUUGGCGUGUAUAGGCAAGAAACGGGUAUAAAUGUUACGUUUUGGAUCUGAUAUAAGAAUAGAAUUUAAUAGCCGCACGCUUGCAAUUCGCAGGGAAAUUUAGAGUUUUAGGGGUCUAGUGGAAGCCCACAUAAAAACUUGCAACAAAGCACCACUGAGGAGAAACCUCCAAAUUCAUAAAAUUCAUAUUCGGUACCCUUUCCCUUCAAUAACGGCAUCGAAACGCAACCAUGCUUCGCUGGUACCAACGAAAGCUGGCCUCGAGGCCCUUAUUGACGCAGAGCGUCACCACCGCUGUGCUUUUCGCCGUCGGCGACAUCACGGCGCAACAGGCCGUCGAGAAGAAGGGUCUUGAAAAGCACGAGCUUGCCCGAACUGGACGAAUGUUUUUAUAUGGUGGCGCUAUCUUUGGACCCGCAGCCACAACUUGGUAUGGGAUCUUACAGCGGUCAGUGGUGUUGCGCAAUAAGAAGGCCGAGAUGCUGGCACGUGUAGCAGCUGACCAGUUGAUAUUCGCGCCUACCUUCAUCGGUAUCUUCUUGUCCAGUAUGGCCGUGAUGGAAGGUGGUUCACCUAAGGAGAAGUUGGCCAAGAGCUAUGCUCCCGCUCUCCAGACUAAUUACCUCAUCUGGCCCUUCGUCCAGAUGGGUAAUUUCACUCUGGUCCCUCUUGAGUACCGAGUGCUCGUCGUCAAUAUCGUCAGUAUUGGCUGGAACUGCUACCUUAGCAUGAUCAACAGCCAGAAAUGAGCGAGCUAGGAUUCGACCUAGGUUUUUUUCUUCGCCGGCUUGGUUCCAGAUGAGAUUAUCCCGGAGCCCUUUG